CGGACACAUAACUCAUUUCUAUGCAUGAGUGCAAAAGGGGCUUUAAAAUGCCAGCGAUCUAUGGAAGCCACAGACAGAAGUCACCAACGAUCCAGAGAAGCCAUAAUCGAUCCGUAGAGGCCACAAAUAGGAGCCAUGAUUGGGGUUGCUGUUUUACCGGUAAUCUUACUCAUCUUUCUGGGACUUCCCAUCCAUGGAGAGCAUUUAGAGCCGCUCCGGCAGCUAGAUGAUCUUGUGACAACCAGGAUCAAAGAGGCCCUCAGAAAGGCUGCCAAUUCCAGCAUAGAAGGAGUCCUUGAACCCUAUAAGAAUCUACAGGAGGCUGCAGGCUGGCCAUUCGCACAAUUAGAUGAAAAAAUCAAAGCGUACAACAGCUAUAAAUCCUACAAGGACUCAACUACUGUAGAAAACAUCACCGAUCCGAGCGAACUAUUCAAUGUGGCUCCACGCAAAGUAGACAAACGUUUCCGAAGGAAAGUUAUAAGGAUACUCAAACGUCUGGGUAUCUAUGAUCCAUUUGGGAAGCGCGUCUGGAAGGCCAUCUUCAGUGAUGAGCAAAAUCUAAAGAGGCUUAAAAAAAAACUGGAUGCCAUCAAGGACUCGAAUGAAGAUGAUUCGGAUGACGCUGACAACUUGUGGGACUUUAUCUUCAGUUUCUGGCAUUGAGCUCGACUUUUGUUUAGUUUUAGUUUGUUUUUUCUAUAAAUAAUUAAGUUUCGU